UUUGGCAUCGAGCAAUAAGUUUAUUUAUUUCAGUAAACUUUUACAUAAUAAAUUGUGACUAUGUGCUUUUUGGAAAAUAUGGCAUAUUUACUGACACUAUUCUAUAUCUAACAAGGCUCAACAGACAACCAUGCCGAAUAAGGAGCUCAACCGUACCCAGGUAGCGGAGGUCAAAGUAGUCCCAGUGGUACAAAAUGUAACUCCAAGCAAGACUGCAGCUGGAGCCGUAGCUGCAAAGACUGUUGCAAAGGCAACCACAAAAGACAGCGCGAUGUCACCAGGCGCUGCUCCGGCCGCGCACGCUAGCAGCGAGCUGCUGGGAUCCCUGACCACGCAGCAGCAGCAACGCACCAGCGCCCGUGUCAUUAAGAAGCUGAGGACUGAACCAGUGCCUGAUCCUGACAAGAGAGAUAUACCAGAAUGCGACACUCCAAGCAAAAUCGACGAGAAAGAACUAAAAUUCCCCACAGUCAAACAGCGCAUGCCCAAAGCUCUCUGGUCGGCUGACGAGAAGAGUCUGUUCUUUGAGGCUUUAAACGAGUACGGCAAAGACUUCGAUGCCAUCACCACUCACAUAUGUGCGAAGAUGAAGAAGAAAGGCAUGCCAGACGUCAAUCUGAAGACGAAGACGCAAGUUAGCCACUUUUAUUACAGGACUUGGCAUAAACUGUCGAAACAUGUGCAUUUUGGGGAAAACGUGAAGAAAGUAGCCCAAGAGCUAUACGCUUUAAUCAACUACGGUGAGCUCAGGAAGAAGCUGGUCUCAGUAAGCGAGAAAACUUGCGCGCGUCUGCACGAGAUGGUGCUAAGCGGCAGCAUGGUGGUUCGACACCGUGGUAGGAACGUCCGUGUUCGGACUCCUAUGUGCCGUGCGCUGCGGAGACUCAAUCAAAUCACAGAGCGGUCGCUGGCGGUGGGCGUGUGCGCGCUGGCCACGGUGUCGCUGCGCGCGCGCACGGCGAGCGCGUGGGCGCGCGUGCAGGCCGCGGCGCACAACCCGCGCGCCUGCGUGCAGCUGUCGCCGCGCACCAAGCUGCACGCGCUGCUGAGGGCGUUGGAGAAGCGGUGGCAGGGGAAGAUGAACAUUCAUUGUAAACCAAAGUUGGAGAGUAUAGUAGAGAUGGAACCGGAAGAGCCGGAACCGGCAAGACCCGAAGAAAACGAAGAUGACCUGGAAGACCAUCUCAACCUGGAAACCGACAGGAUUAUAGUUCAAGAACAAAAGUUAGUAAAACGACCGGUGCUUCACGUAGGCCCCCGGCCCACCACAACCGUCCGAUUGCCAGUGGUCCGAGCCAGCGAGCAGCUUUCCAGCCAAAAAAUAUGCUUCUCCAGCUAUCUACAACGCAUGUAUUCGCAAGACAAGGAAGCCACCAAAAUCCGCACUCCAAAACGGCACCAUAAAGACAGCAGUGAAAAAGACAAGGAACUAGAGCAGAAACGACCCAGGCUGGAAAGUGAACCUAAACUCGAUAUCGACGAAACCGCCGUCGACGGGAUCGAACUGAUGGCCAACUAUAAGACAAAUCAGGAAGACGAAGAAAAGCCCAGCACCGAAGACGAGAAAGAGAUAAAAGCAGAAGAAACGGCCGAGGAAGAGGGGGACAAGGAAGGUGAAAGAGACAAGGAUAUGUCCGAGAGAGAGAAGGACAGCUUUUCUGAGAUGGAAGAUGAUGAGAAGUUGUAUAUCAAGAGCGACAGUGAUAAUGAGAGUGAUAAAGAUAAGGGAGAGAAGAAGACGAAGUUUAAGAAUUUAAAGGUGAAAUUCCGCAUACGCCCAAAGAAACGCGGCGGCACCAUUUACACCCUAGUUAACGAAGACGAGCCGAAAGUAGAGGAGCCUAAGGAGGAGGAGCCUCCUGACAUUGACGUUGACAGCGCUGUCAAACAAAUAAGGAAGGGGUGGAGUGUGUACGACACGGGUGAUCUUACAAUUGGAGACUUGUAUCUUAUGUUCGGCGCCCGCUCCAAACUCGACCUGGACUACUGGUGGGCGGAACCCACCCCUCCCCUCCCCAUCAAGGAGCUCGAGAAAACCCCUCCCCAAGAUAAAAGGCCGGAGCGCACCCCCGACAAGGGCACUGACAGUUCAGUGGAUGAUGAGAGAGAGAGACGGGAGAGUGACUCGGACAUCUUCUCUCCUAAGGCGUCGGGGCAGGAUAGUAAUGAUGGCUCUGGGGAUGAACGAAAACCGGAACACCUAGUACUAGUAUCAUCUCCGGAGAGAAAACCAAGUGUUAGCAGCCUGAACCUCGCCAGCAAGCUGGUUAACCGGCCCCCCGCGCCCUCCGCGACCCCCGCGACCCCCGCGCCUCCCGCCGACGGGUUCAGCCAACUCAGCGAUAGAUUGAAGCGGCUGCUGGCGCUGGCGGGCAACCCGCACGUCGGCGGUGCGCUCGCCCGCUGCACGUGCGGACAUGUUUGCUCGCAGCGGAAACAUCAGCCUAAACCACCGUUGCUCCAACCGCCAUCACCGCGGUCGGAGCCAGUGUUCCGGCAUCCCACGCCCAUCGCGCCUAAACCCGCCAACGAGGCGCCGCUGUCCGUGUCGCUGUCGGACCUGCCGCGCUGGCGGCGCGGGCGGCCGCGCGGCGCCGACAGCCGCGUCGUGGUGCAGCGCCUGCUGCCCUUGCUGCCCAAGCUGCCUCCGCCCAGCAACCUGAUCCCGGUAAAAAUCGUCCCGAACUCGCCCGCAGUGCCUCCGCGUAUCUUGCCCAAGCCUCCGCCUACAUCCACCAACGACCUGUCAUUAUUCUACGUGCUGAGUGAAACAAACGGUCAAUUCUUCUUUCACGACGGCGAGCGCCGCAUACCCAUUUCGGCGCAGGACGAUAAUGAAGAAGCUGAAGAAUACAUCCAAGACGAAUCAUACGACAGUAAAGAAGACACGAAAGAAUUCAAAAUCGACAUAUCCUCGACGGAGGUCGAGAAACGAGUCAACGUGCAAGGCAAGCCUGACGAGAAUGAGCCUAUUGAGCCGAGCGAACCGAGUCAGCCGAAUGAUUCGAGUCAGAGAGAAAAGGAGAAGAAAGCUGAAGGGGGAGAUAUCGCCAACUUCCUGCCAUCGGAGUCGAUGUCGCUAUCUCCGUCGCGGCUGCUGGCGGGCGACGGCUGGCUGGCCGGCACACACGACUUCAGCCUCAGCUCGUUCCUCGGCCAGCUGGAGCCGGCACCCUCCGAGCAGGUGGACUCCCACCUCCAGUCCCUGAUGGCGGAGUCCAGUGUAGACUACGUGGCUAAAUUCGCGGACCUCGCUGCCGAAGUCACUGAUGAGAGGCCGCCUCUCACUUAAAAAGAAACCUUACGUGCGGGCCCUAAGGUUUAUUUUACAAUCAAUUCGUUUAUGUACUUUCUUUUAAAAACACUAGACGGUUGAGAGAGCGGGGGGGAAGGGGGAGACUUGGGAGUUGGCAAUACGGUUUAUUUUACAAUAGGGUAUUUGACGUGGAAUUUACAUGAAACACUAGCAUGUGACGUCACAAUCAAAUUAUCUACUCGUUAUAGUUUUAUACGGGUUUAAAAAAAAUUGCGUUUAAAAAUAACUGCUGUCUAGGUUUCUCUAUUAAUCAUCUGGUGCUUUAUUUCAUGCAUGGUGUGAAAUAAUUUAUUUUUAAUACAGUCAAAUACCCUAUAUUGUAUUUAUAUUACUUACCACCGACAAUAAAAUACCGGCCAAUUGACGAAGGACCUUACGUGUAGGCAGUAAGGUUCAUUAUGCAAUCUAUGGACUGACUUGACGAAAUAUUGUACAUUUGAAAAGAGGCGUUACGACGUGUACAUUAGGUAUAUAUUACAGUAGACUGUUAAAAUGAGUUAAACUACGAUUGAUAAUCUUGCAGCCUUUUUAUAAGAAUCAUACUGUUGAGCGGUUUUUUAUAUAUCGCCGCUAUACUUACUCAACCUCGUAUCUGCAACACUCAUUUGAUGACAAAAACACCCGUAUUCCGAAUGAAAGAAAAGCGACAUUUCCAUCAAAUGAUUCUUGCAGAUAUGAGGUUGAGUAAUUAUAACGACGAUAUGCCGUAUAUCAUUUUGAUGUUAAGUUGGAAAGUGUAAAAAUAUAAAAUAUCUGAUUCACUGCUCUUCUCAUGUCAUAUCACGUGGGAGGGAGUCUACACAUCUAGUAUCUAUUUAUUUAAUAUUUAUAAGUACUAUCACUAACAAACACAAAAUAACUUAACAAAUUAAAAUGCCAUCUCAAUGCAACGGUUAAAAGGUUAAAGACAUAAAAUUAAGUUAUUAUGAGCUGUAUGUUAUUUUGAAUACGGUUUUGUUUGAUAACCACAUAUAUUAAAGUGUAAGAAAAAUAUGAUAAUAAGUACAAAA